CGCCCCCCCACUCCUCCCCUGCCUUGGCUUGCUCAGCUCAGCUCAGUUCAACCAUCAUAGAGCCUGUGGUCUGUUUUCUUCACUACCACUGGCUUGCCCACCAUCAGUCUGUCUGUCCAUCUCACUUCCCUUGGAGGCCAAGAAGACCAGCUCCAAAGUGGGUGGAGGGGAUGUGAAGAGGGCUUAGCGGAGAUGUCAGGAGUGCACACGGAGGUGUGGGAAAGAACGUGAAGAGCCAAAGUGUGCAAGUUUGCAAAGCUGGCCUGCCCAGAUGAUGGCGGAAUGGUGAGCCCUACUGGGCCAGUGCCUCCAGGUCCUGAAGGCCCCUCUGGAAUGCAGCCUCCUCCAGGAAGCCUUCUGUCAGCAGAUUGAAGACCCUUCCACUGGACACCUGACCAUGUGCCUGCCCUGAGCAGCAGGGCCCACCAGGCGUCUCUGUUGUGGGCGGCAGAGCCCGGUGCUCUCGUCUGUGGAUCCCCCGCAGUUGGCAGGCCCCCCCAGCAGCAGGCUCUGGGCCUCGGCCCCACCAUGUCGAGCCUCGGCAGUAGCCCCCAGGACAGCGGUGGCAGUAGCAGCAGCAAUAACAAUGGCAGCAGUAGCAGUGGCCCCAAGGCAGGAGGGGCCGACAAGAGUGCGGCAGUGGCCGCUGCUGCACCAGCCUCGGUGGCGGAUGAUGCACCACCCCCCGAACGUCGGAACAAGAGUGGCAUCAUCAGCGAACCCCUCAACAAGAGCCUGCGCCGCUCCCGCCCUCUCUCCCACUACUCUUCCUUUGGGGGCAGUGGUGGCAGUGGCGGUGGUGGCAGCAUGAUGGGCAGCGAGUCUGCUGAAAAGGCUGCCGCCGCCGCGGCUGCCGCCUCCCUGUUGGCUAAUGGGCAUGACCUGGCGGCAGCCAUGGCUGUGGACAAAAGCAACCCUACCUCAAAGCACAAAAGUGGUGCUGUGGCCAGCCUGCUGAGCAAGGCAGAGCGGGCCACGGAGCUGGCAGCCGAAGGACAGCUGACGCUGCAGCAGUUCGCGCAGUCCACGGAGAUGCUGAAGCGCGUGGUGCAGGAGCACCUUCCGCUGAUGAGCGAGGCGGGUGCUGGCCUGCCCGACAUGGAGGCUGUGGCGGGCGCCGAAGCCCUCAACGGCCAGUCCGACUUCCCCUACCUGGGCGCCUUCCCCAUCAACCCGGGCCUCUUCAUCAUGACCCCAGCGGGCGUGUUCCUGGCCGAGAGUGCGCUGCACAUGGCCGGCCUGGCCGAGUACCCCAUGCAGGGAGAGCUGGCCUCGGCCAUCAGCUCGGGCAAGAAGAAGCGGAAACGCUGCGGCAUGUGCGCGCCCUGCCGACGGCGCAUCAACUGCGAGCAGUGCAGCAGUUGUAGGAACCGAAAGACUGGCCAUCAGAUUUGCAAAUUCAGAAAAUGUGAGGAACUCAAAAAGAAGCCUUCCGCUGCUCUGGAGAAGGUGAUGCUUCCGACGGGAGCCGCCUUCCGGUGGUUUCAGUGACGGCGGUGGGAACCCAAAGCUGCCCUCUCCGUGCAAUGUCACUGCUCGUGUGGUCUCCGGCAAGGGAUUCGGGCGAAGACAAACGGAUGCACCCGUCUUUAGAACCAAAAAUAUUCUCUCACAGAUUUCAUUCCUGUUUUUAUAUAUAUUUUUUUUGUUGUCGUUUUAACAUCUCCACGUCCCUAGUAUAAAAAGAAAAAGAAAAAAAAUUUUAACUGCUUUUUCGGAAGAACAACAACAAAAAAGAGGUAGAGACGAAUCUAUAAAGUACCGAGACUUCCUGGGCAAAGAAUGGACAAUCAGUUUCCUUCCUGUGUCGAUGUCGAUGUUGUCUGUGCAGGAGAUGCAGUUUUUGUGUAGAGAAUGUAAAUUUUCUGUAACCUUUUGAAAUCUAGUUACUAAUAAGCACUACUGUAAUUUAGCACAGUUUAACUCCACCCUCAUUUAAACUUCCUUUGAUUCUUUCCGACCAUGAAAUAGUGCAUAGUUUGCCUGGAGAAUCCACUCACGUUUAUAAGGAGAAUGUGGAUGGCGCCGCAUCGAAACCCCUCUAUCCAUCCACGCGUGCAGAGCUGCGGCGAGGAGCUCACAGAGGGGGAGGGAGCAGCCCACCCACCCCUGGGCCCAGGCCGGCCGUGCGCCGUCACGGUACCCAGAAUGGGAUCCCCCCACCCCGACCCCGACAGUGAUGAUUUUGCAAAAAUGAAAGUUCUGUUCCUUUAUCCAUUGAGAUCUGGGGAGCCCAUGUCUCGAUAUUUCCGAUCCUGGCUACUUCCCUUAGAGAAAAUAAGUCCUUUUUUUCUGGCCUUGCUGAUGGCAACAGAAGAAAGGGCUUCUUUGCGUGGCCCCCUGCUGGUGGGUGUGGGUGCCUGGGGGGCCCCCUUGCCCAUGGCCAGCUUCCUGCUGAUGAACAUGCUGUUUGUAUUGUUUUAGGAAACCAGGCUGUUUUGUGAAUAAAACGAAUGCAUGUUUGUGUCACGAA